AUGGAUCAAGAUAGUAGAGACAAAAAUAUCCCCCCGAACGACCCGAAAAACCCUCGAUGGCUCCUUGAUCUACAUAAUUGGAAGUUUGAACGAUACAUUGACAUUGCCAGCACCGUUGAAACCGAAGGUUAUGGCAUCGUCUCUUAUACUUGGGGUUAUAUCGCUGAUUUCAGCAGACCGCAACCAGACCAUGAAUUGCCAAUCGGUCUUCCUUGGGAUGUGCCAACGACUACUGGAUUCGAUCUUGAUCGAGCGAAGGAGGUUAUGGCAACAAUCGGCACUCGUUAUAUCUGGUGGGAUUGGAUGUGUGUGCCCCAGGAAACUCUAAAUGGUCAGCGGACCAUUACUUCUCACUUGAGAAAUGCAAAGCGCGAGGAAAUCGGAAAGCAACUGAACAUAUAUCGUGACGCCAAAAAGAGUAUUGUGUGGCUCCAUUCGACAUAUUGGAAUUUGCAAACCCCAUUGAAAACGCUACUUCUGGCUGGUUCAAAAGAAGGUGUUCCCCUACCAACCGACCCCGAGGCAUAUCUUGACGAGAUUGUGCAAUUGCUCGCUCGCAUCCGCACUCGCGAGGAAGGAGAGCGGUGGCUAGUUUCGGGCUGGACGCUUCAGGAAGGCGUGUUGCUCCCUGAAACAGUCUUGGUUGACGGUGCAGGCAACACUCUCCAGGACGACACCUUCCAGCACAAUGGAGGACGUGCUUCUGUAAUUGACUUGACGGCCAGUACUACUGCACUCGCCAUCGGGGUGGCCAAAUCCUUCGUUUCGCAAGCCGAUGGACAAGAACAACAGAACAAAGUCGGCAGACUGAUUGAUGAGUCACUUGAGAUGGCAAACAAAUUCCGUCAGACUCUUCGAAUUAUGGUUGCCUCUGGCCUCGUUGCGUACAGUAAAGCUUCUCCGCUGUAUAUACUUAAUGGCAAGCGGAACCGUGAGUUUGGCAUGGCGCAGGAUUCUUGCUGGGCGUUGAUUGGAGCGAUGGAGCUUGAGGGCGUCCCCGUCAAAUAUGAACUUCCCAUGGAUGACAUCAAGAUGAUAUUUCUGACAGCUUUAUUUGAAAAAUAUCAAUGGACAAUGCUCCUACUGCCCCAACCCUUAUUUCCCGUAUUCCGCGAGUGGUGGUGGACCGGUUUUCGAUGGACUGACAUUGUAGAUGGCCUUAUGAUCCCAGUUGGACUGUUUGUGGAUACACAAAUAGGCUCCGGGUCUCAAAGUCAGCUGCCACGCGUGUCACUUGACAGCACGAUGACUGUGAUCGUUCAACCACCUAACCAAAGCCAGACAUUCUGCGUGUUGAAGAAUUUGGACAUAAAAUGGUAUCUACAUUACGUCCAGACCGAAACAGGAGUUGAGAUCCGCUCCCUGGCGCCGAAGACAAACCCCACUCCGCAUAUUUCUGACGCGGUUUUCUUGAAGCUAGAGGAUCUCGGCAAGAACGAUAAUGCGCCUAGUAUAUCUUCCGGGAUGAGAUGCGUCGCCAUCAUGGAGUUCUGGACACCACAGGAUAACAUUCCUGUUGGCGUUUUUGGUGGAAUCGUGGAUCUCUGGGCCGCAGAUGGGAAUGCAGUCGAGGUACCGAGCCUGAAGCUCUACCCGACGGCUCAGAACACUGACUCAGGGCCGACGAACACAAAAUCUAGGUUUAGACAUGAACGUGAUGCCGCAGGUCAAGAAUGUGGCCAGGAAGCUUUGCUAAUUACUUUGAGGCAGAGUGGCCAACCAGUCAGCUAG